UUAAGAUUUUUAAAGACAUGUUUUGAAACAUAAUCUCCAACUCAUUUUCAACAAAAAUCUUAGUUGAAAAGAUGUUAAGAUAGCAUGUUUUUAGCAAGAUAAAAGAAUCAAAAUUAGUGAAAUAAAUAUACGUUUCAAACCCGCUUUCUACCAUUUUUAGUUUGUUGUAAAAGUUUUGAAGAUGGAAGGUUCAGAAUCUAAUAGGAAAAAAGAUCAACUUCAAGACACAGAAACUUUAAGCAAUAGCCACACAGUUUUAACAAUAAUAGACACCAAUGUACAAAGAGAAUUCCAGAACAUUCUUAUCACAGGUGGAUGUGAACAAGACCAACUUUGUUGUUCAGGAAGCAUCACUGAACAAAGAUUUGCCCAAUCUGAACAGAAACAUUCAGGAGUAAUUCAAGUUGAAGAAUCUUCCCCUCCCAUAUCAACUAAAGACAACUUGGCAACAGUUCCAAAUGAAAUUACUGGUGUACAUGAUAAUACAAUUUCUGAAGCUGUCGCACAAUCUUCAGAUACUACUCAGGGUGAUUCCCUUACAAACUUAUUUGAUGAAUUGGGAUGCAGUGACACAGGAAAAGCAGUAUCUCCAUUAGAUAGAGAUCAAACUUGUUUUGAAACAUCAGUGGACUUAAGUCAGCCGUAUUCAGAUACGACGACAAUGACCAACGAACCAAAACCCCUUUUACCUUUGAAUGCAAACCAGCAACAAUCUAAAUCUCCAGUAGUUACUAACCUUCCACAGUCAAACUCUCCUGUACUUACAAACGAACCACAAUCUAGUUCCUCAGCGAUUCCUCAGCUUCCACAAUCCAGUUUUCCAGUUACUAUGCCCCAACAUCAAUCAAAUUCUCCUAGGGCUACAAACCAACCAGGAUCCAGUUCUGCUGUGAUCACAAACCUACCACAAACCAAUCCUCUCUUAGUUACAAAUCAACAACAAUUAAUUUCUACAAUAGUUACAAACCAACCACAAUCCAGUUCUCCAAUGGUUACCAACCUAACGUGUGCCCAACCUUCUUCAGUUAUUAAUCAACAAAGAAUGCCUUUUUCUCCAGUUCACUCGGGGGGUUCAGUACCUGCUGCCUCAAGAAGACCUCAUAUUUUAAACAUUCCCAAUGAUUCAAUCAUUCUGCCCCACCAAAGAACAGAUGCUUUGUUAAAUAUUCAAGAUAAUUCCACAAACCGUGUUCCUCAACUAACGGGCCCUCCUCCCUCAUACUCCAAAAGUUUGUUGGAUCGUAGAAUCAACCCUUGCACUUCUAUUCAGUUUGUGGCCCCCAUCCCCCCACCUAGCUACGAUGGUGUGGAAAGUGAACUUCGAUACGCACACACUCUCGGUCGCUCUGGAGGAUUCACUUUGGGACUCGGUAAUACAUGGCAAGGUCAGCCACAGCCAGCCUAUUGUCCUGUUUGUGAGACAGUUAUCAUCACACAAGUAGACCUCAGAGUGUCGAGAACAGCUCAUAUUGUCGCCAUGAUUAUGUUUCUUCUGUUUUUCGAUAGAUGGAGUGGAGUGAGCGUUCGUUUUCAGGAUGUUGGCCAUUCUGUCUACUGCCGUAUUUCCUGAAUGUUUGCAACUACACAUUCCAUUUUUGUUCUGUGUGCCAAUCCUACCUCGGAGCUAGAAGACCAUUUCAAAGAAAUUAAUAAAAUAAAAUGUUUGACUUUCGUGGGGAUGCAUGGUCGGCUUUUUCUCUAGAGUUUGCGAUUCUAGACCCAAAUUGCAGCGCUCUCUUGGGAAAUGUUGCAGCGUUGGACAGUCCUAGCCUGUGCGCUAACAGACGCAACAGUAGUUUGUCUCCCUUCCCAGGCGGCCAAGCAGUCACUGGAAUACA